UAAAGAGACUCCUGACAGUGUGACAGCUACCCCUGACAAAAACCACGGAGAGUUGAAACGGCCAUCGGGCUGUAGUACUAGGAUCAUGUCCAGAUGUUUAUUCUGUAAGGAAUAAACCCCUUUUUUCUUUUCAUCAUCAAAACGGUUGCAAUAUUUUGGACACUGCCUUUUAUUUGUACAAAGAGGGACAGGAAGGUGAGUCAAUAUUUGAGGUUAUGGAUUAACCAGAGUGUGGAUUCACCAUUGAUGGCUAAGAGAGGAGUCCUAAAUCAAAGUGUCUGCAAAACUGACGAACCUGAAGGAUUCCAGUCACUGAUACAGAUUCCAAGACGUCUGCUGGAUCCAUGUAAUGAUGAACUGGUCACUGAGCUGCACAAUGUGGUGGAUCCUGAUGCUGAGUGUCAUCCCAUCAGCUUAUGGUAGCUCUAUCUUCUCCAGUAGUCAGGAUGCAAAUCGGGUGCUGAAAGUUAAAAAACGUUCCAAUGCUCAGUUCCUGGAGGAGAUGAAACCUGGGUCGCUGGAGAGAGAGUGCUAUGAAGAGAAAUGUGACCUUGAGGAGGCAAAUGAGAUAUUUGAGACUCGCGAGGCCACUCUUAACUUUUGGGCGAAAUACUUUGAUGGGGAUCAGUGUCUCUCUAGUCCAUGUAAGAAUGGUGUAUGUAAGGACGGCAUAGGGAAAUAUGACUGUAUCUGCCACCAAGGCUGGGAAGGACACAUCUGUUCUCAGGAAGUCACCCACUUUAACUGCUCAUUGAGUAAUGGAGGCUGCAGUCACUUCUGCACAGAGACUGGGAACAGUACAUCACGUCUGUGUAGCUGUGCCCCGGGUUACCAGCUGGAUGAUGACUAUCAGAGCUGUAAGUCUGUUGUGGAGUUUCCUUGUGGCAAAAUGAAAAUAUUCAACUUCGACUAUUCAGCCCGCCUCAUAGGAGCAAAGAAAGGACGUAAAGGAGACAGUCCCUGGCAAGUUAUGCUUCUUUAUGAGAAGAAGUUCCAAUGUGGUGGAGUCUUGAUUUACCCAACAUGGGUUCUGACCGCAGCCCAUUGUUUUAAACAUCCUGGAAAGUACUUUGUGCGGCUUGGUGAAUAUGACCGUCGGAUACUGGAAGACACAGAGCAGCAAACUUAUGUGAUCAACAUUAUCCUGCAUCCUGAAUACAACCCUGAAACUACAAAUAAUGAUAUAGCCCUACUGCGUCUCAAUGAGCCAGCAGUGUAUAACAAGUAUGUGUUGCCCAUCUGUCUACCAAGUAAAAGACUUGCUGAAACAAAUUUGACGCAAGAGGGCACUGACACCAUAGUAACGGGCUGGGGAAGCCAGGAUGGAUCAUUGCGCAACACCUCUAAGAUCCUCAGCUUUAUACAGAUCCCCAUAGUUCCCCGUGAGAAUUGCUCGGAAGUCAUGAAUAGCCAUGUAUCUGGUAAUAUGUUAUGUGCUGGAAGGUUGGGGGAGAAUCAGGAUGCUUGCACUGGAGACAGUGGGGGGCCCAUGGUCACCAGGUUUGGAGACACCUGGUUUCUUAUUGGCUUAGUGAGCUGGGGCGAGGGAUGCGGAAGAUUGGAUAAUUUUGGAGUAUAUACCAAGGUGGAUCGUUACCUUGAAUGGAUCAGUGAGCAAAUUACAAACAGUGAAGAGGAAUUAAAAAAAAGUCUUGUUAAUAAGUCAAAUAAAUCCAAAUCACGUAAUACUUAAAGGUUCCCCAUAAUCUAUCACUAUUGUCAAAUGCAACUCAAUGAAGAUAUUACAUGCAUUGCCAUAAAAACAACACUGUUUUACUUUGUAAUGAAAACAAAACCAAUAAAGCUCAAAAAUGCACCAGU